ACUGGCUGUGGCUAGGGAGGAGGGGGAGGGGCCACUCGCUCCGCUGGGACUUCUCACUCUCCACCUUGUUCUUUUAGGUGUGGUUUGGUCCGGACGCGGGGUCCCGGCAGCUGGCUUGAGCUUCCUCUGUUGUGAAGGGGGAAAGUAGCUCCCGCGGAAAGCGGUUAAAGUUGCGGAGAGGGUGCGAGACGAGAGUUCUCCCCCAUGCCCGCCGAAUGGUGCGGCCCUGAGUUGGUCCCGGAGCCGGCGCGACGUAUCUGAGAGAGGGGGCGGGGAGGCGGCCCGGAGAACGCGGGUUCUGUGAAGAGACGUGGGGAAGAUUCGACUCCGAGAAGAGGAAGAGGAUUCAAAAGGAGCGAGGCCGCUGAGGGGGAGGGGGCUGCCAAGAUGGCGUCGGCCUCCUCUGGGUCGUCGGCGGUUGGGUUUUCAUCCGCGGAUUCCGGGGUCCCUCCCUGCACCUCGUCUUCAGCAUCUGGAAUCAAGAGACCCAUGGCAUCUGAGGUGCCUUAUGCCUCUAGCAUGCCCAUGAAGAAAAUAGGCCACCGAGGUGUUGAUUCCUCAGGAGAGACAACAUAUAAAAAGACAACCUCGUCAGCUUUAAAAGGUGCCAUCCAGUUAGGCAUUACUCACACUGUGGGGAGCCUGAGUACCAAACCAGAGCGGGAUGUCCUCAUGCAAGACUUCUAUGUGGUGGAGAGUAUCUUCUUCCCGAGUGAAGGGAGCAACCUGACUCCUGCUCAUCACUAUAAUGACUUUCGGUUCAAGACCUAUGCACCUGUUGCCUUCCGCUACUUUCGGGAGUUAUUUGGUAUCCGCCCUGAUGAUUACUUGUACUCCCUCUGCAAUGAGCCGCUGAUUGAACUCUGCAACUCUGGAGCUAGUGGUUCCCUCUUCUAUGUGUCCAGCGAUGAUGAAUUCAUCAUUAAAACAGUCCAGCACAAAGAGGCGGAGUUUCUGCAGAAGCUGCUUCCAGGAUACUACAUGAACCUCAACCAGAACCCUCGGACUUUGCUGCCUAAGUUCUAUGGACUGUACUGUGUGCAGGCAGGUGGUAAGAACAUUCGAAUUGUGGUGAUGAACAAUCUCUUACCACGGUCAGUCAAGAUGCAUAUCAAAUAUGACCUCAAGGGCUCAACCUACAAAAGGCGGGCUUCCCAAAAAGAGCGAGAGAAACCUCUCCCCACCCUUAAAGACCUGGACUUCUUACAAGACAUCCCUGAUGGUCUCUUUUUGGAUGCUGAUAUGUACAAUGCUCUGUGCAAGACCCUGCAGCGCGACUGUUUGGUGCUGCAGAGCUUCAAGAUAAUGGACUAUAGCCUCCUGGUGUCAAUCCAUAACAUAGAUUAUGCACAACGAGAGCCUUUAGGCAAUGAAGCACAAUAUUCAACUGACACUCGCAGACCAGCCCCCCAAAAGGCUCUCUAUUCCACAGCCAUGGAAUCUAUCCAGGGCGAGGCUCGACGAGGUGGCACCAUGGAGACUGAGGACCAUAUGGGUGGCAUCCCGGCCCGGAAUAGUAAAGGGGAAAGGCUGCUGCUUUAUAUUGGGAUCAUUGACAUUCUUCAAUCUUACAGGUUUGUUAAGAAGUUGGAGCACUCUUGGAAAGCUCUGGUACAUGAUGGGGACACCGUAUCAGUGCAUCGCCCAAGCUUCUACGCCGAACGGUUCCAGCGCUUCAUGUGCACUACAGUGUUCAAGAAGAUCCUCUGCGUCCACUUCGGUCGUCCUGAUGUUUUACCUCAGACUCCACCUUUAGAGAAAAUCAGUGAGGUCUCGACUAUUCCUGACCCCUAUUUCUCACCUGUAGUUGGAGAGACUUUGCAAAUGCUAACUACAAGCUCAACCCUCUUGGAAAAGCAUGAAGUUCCAGAGUCAGAGUUCAUCCAUUGAACAAAAAUCCUCAGAAGACCUGGAGCAAGAUUCUACCAUCUCUGUGAUCCCAAGAUGUCAGCCCUUGACCCAGCAAUGCUGAGUUUUCUUUUACUUGGUCAUCAAAAAAAGUGUAAUGGAGGCUAAGGGAGCUCUCCGUCUCCUCCCUGAAGAAGAACCUCUUCUACUUCGCCUUCCUCAUGAAUGGGCAUUAGUGCCUCGGACAGUUGAGGACAGCGGCAUCCUCUCUACUCCUGAGCUGGGUGGCACAGGUUUUCUACUAGCCAGCCUUCCUUCCACAACUGAAUUGUUUUCAAACCCCCAUUCUUCCUGUUGGAAGUGGGGUUGUUGGACUUGGUGGUUUUCUUCCCCCUCAUCUACCUUUCACCAGGAGCUGGACUCUUAAUUUCCUCAGGACAGACUGGCUGGUACAUUAUCCCAACCUUAGCUCUUUUUCUGUGGAAGAAGACCCCUGUACUCUUUUUUUUUUUUUUUUUUUGCGGUAUGCAGGCCUCUCACUGCUAUGGCCUCUCCUGUUUCAGAGCACAGGCUCCGGA